GGAAGUUGUGGCAGAAGAAACUGAAGUCAUCCAAGAGAUGGGGAGGAUUGCAAAAAAGCUGAUUUUCUCCUAUCCUUCUCCGUCCGUUGGCACAAAAUAUGGACGGUCGGAGGAGAAAAAUCGAAAAUGAAUGGAGGUACAGUGAAAAAGGAAAAUGAUAAUUUGCUAGACGAGGGUUUAAUUGAUUUUUGUGACGAAAAAGCUGCGUUAGCGGCCUCUGACUUCGCUCGAAACAUCUCGCAGUACUUUUCUCAGCACCCUCUGCAAUCUUCGAUCUGCACAGCAAGCCAAUGUGUCGAAACAUUUGUUCAGCAAUUUUCCAAUCAUUUCUACGCUGAAGUUGAUCGACACGGCUUACACAACAGGAAAGAUUUCAUAGCUGGUAGCCCACCUCUACGUCCGCUUCCACCCCACCGAUCUGUUUCGGAAAAUUUUGAGCCUAUUCCGUUGAAUGAGGACUCUGAUUCCAGUAUUCUCGUACCAGUUCUACAGAGAUCAAAUUCAACUGAAGCUCUACAGGAUUAUGAGACGAGUGACACUUCUCCGAUUUUGUCACAUACGGCUCCCCACUCGCCGAAGCCUCACAAAUCUUUCUUGCGUCAUUUCUCUUUAAGAGGUCUUCGAACUCAUGUCCGCCCUCUGCGUCAGCUAUUUAAACUCAAUACAGUAGCGCAUGAAUCCUGUUCAGCUGACGAUAGCGAAGAUGCUUAUGCCGUUCCUGCCGGAAAUGGACUACACAAAGAGGGGGUUGUCCAUCAAUUAAUUGGCGAGGAUAAAAAUGGCAAAUCAAAGUGGGUUAAAUGUCGGAUGCUCCUUGUUCGAACCCAUGGUGGCUAUAUGCUCGAAUUUUAUACACCACCGAAAUCAUCAAGGCCUAAGAGUGGUAUAUUCUGUCUACUUAUUACGGAAGCUAGAGAAACUACCGCCCUCGAGCUACCUGACAGAGAAAACACAUUCGUUCUAAAGGCGGCUAAUAACUUGGAAUACGUGCUGGAGGCGAGUGACAGCAACGAUAUGAAAGCCUGGUUAGAUUCAAUUAGGAAAUGCGUUCGCAGUUUAAAUCCACCGCGAGUCAAUUCACCACCUGAAGCUAGUCAACACAACAGUUUAUUUGCAUCAUCUAAUUCAUCGUCUGAAGCUGCCAUUUCCAGGCGUCGUUCGUCUUGUGGAAGCGAUUGCGCGAUGCCUCCAGCCCUACCACCGAGGCCUUGUUCUGCUUCACCUUCUGCUCAAGAGCAAGGCGCUGAAUCCUUUUCACCUCCUCGCCAUAAUUUCUUAACGGCAUCCGAACAAGGAACUGUCUGUAUGCUGAGACUUUAUCCAUGGUUCCAUGGAACGUUAACUAGGUCAAGAGCGGCUUAUCUGGUUCUAACCAACGCCACAAGAGGUCAUGGGCAGUUCUUAGUGAGGCAAAGUGAAACGAGAAGAGGAGAAUAUGUAUUAACGUUUAAUUUUGAAGGUCGAGCUAAGCAUUUAAGAAUGACUGUAAAUGGAGAGGGAGAAUGUCGCGUUCAGCAUCUCUGGUUCCAGAGUAUAUUUGAUAUGCUGGAGUUUUUUAGAUCUCACCCAAUACCAUUAGAAAGCGGUGGAAAUUCUGAUGUAAAAUUAAAUGAGUUUAUAAUAUCAGCCAGUGCUAUUGUGCGUCCUCAAUCGUCUUUUAAUGCAUCACCAUCAAGAUUAACUAAUUUAGAUGCUCAUCGUCCGCCUGCUAGAGAACAACUAAUACCAACUCUAACUCAUGGAGGAUCGGUUAGAGUUCGUACAGCAUCCAUGGAGAAUUUAAUGUUUGUACCUCGUGCUGUCGACAACCCCUAUUCGUCGUCAUGGGAAAGAAAGAAAUUCGCUUUAUCUGGAAUGUCCAUUAUAUUAGCCUUGGCUGCUUGUAUAAUUGGAUUAACAUUUGGAUUGCGAAUUGGACCUAAAAAAGAUGGUGGAUCUCCUGUUGAUCCUACUGGGCCUCCCUCGGCUUAUGGCGAGUAUAAAUCGGCAAUUGUUGCCAGUGAUACAAAAGCUUGCUCAACGGUCGGAAAAAAUAUCUUGUCAAAGGGAGGUUCGGCGACUGAUUCGGCUAUAGCAACAAUGUUUUGUGUUGGAGUUGUACAACCACACAGUUCGGGUAUUGGUGGAGGUCACUUUAUAACAAUAUUUGAUAGACGAAAGAACAGCCUGCCAGACUCUGCUCCUGUCCUUCAAUCCAUUCUUUCAAGAGAACGAGCUCCCGGUGAUUCUGACAGGGACAUGUUUGUUAACAAAACUGAAUUGGCAAAAAAAGGCGGGUUAGCUAUUGCGGUUCCCGGAGAGGUAAAAGGGUUUUAUACCGCCUGGGAGGAAUUUGGUAAAUUACCUUGGAAAGAUUUGGUUCAGCCCACCAUCGAUAUGUUGAAUGAGGGCGUGGUCGUCGAGUCAAACUUAGCCAGGGUAUUAAGGAAUAAUGAGUUGAGAAUCCGUUUAAAUCCAGGUUUAAGUGAAUUAUUUAUCAAGCAAAACGAUGAGAUUAUGAAAUUCGGUGAUAGAUAUAAAAAUGAUAAGUUAAAGACUACACUAGAAAAGAUAAGUGUAAAUCCGUAUGAUUUCUAUAAUGGAACUCUUGCGGCAGAAAUAGUUGCAGAUAUACAGGAUGCAGCGGGUAUUGUAAAGCUUUCAGAUUUAAGUUCCUACACUUCGAAGAAGAAACAACCAAUACACUUAAGACUGCCAGAGUCUCGUUUAAAUAUCCAUGGUCCUAAUCCACCUUCCAGCGGCGUUAUAUAUCAAUAUAUCCUAAAUAUUUUGGAUGGGUAUAAAUUUAAAAAAGAGGAUUUGGAAAGUGAAACUUCAAAAGCCAACGUUUAUCAUAAAAUAGUGGAAGCUUUUAAAUUUGCUUACGCAAAACGAUCUAAUCUUGGAGAUGAAGACUUUGUCGACGUACAACAACUAAUUCGUAACCUAACAUCAUCGGAUUACGCAGCGUAUAUUAGAUCUCGUAUAACUGAUGACAGAACUCAUCCUAUUUCUUAUUAUGAACCAGAUUUUGACAUUGUUAAUGAUUCUGGUACGGCUCAUGUAUCGAUUAUUUAUAGAGACACUGCAGUAGGGUUGACUUCUACUAUCAAUUUAUUCUUCGGGUCUGACGUUGUUGGAGAUAGAACCGGUAUUAUUUUUAACGAUGAAAUGGAUGAUUUCUCAACUCCAGGAACAACAAAUAGUUUCGGAGUUCCAGCUUCGCCAAAUAAUUAUAUUGUCCCUGGUAAAAUGCCAAUGUCAUCUAUGUGCCCUGCCAUAAUUCUUAAUGACGAUAGAGAAGUUGUUUAUGUAACUGGAGCUUCUGGCGGCACUCGUAUAACAACCGCCGUUGCCUGGACUACUCUGCAUUCAUUAUGGUUCGAGAAGCGUAUUGAUCAUUCCCUAGACGCACCUAGACUACAUCACCAACUCGUCCCAAACGAAGUUGUACUAGAGAGAGAUGUUUCAAGCGAAAUUCAAAGAAGUCUAGAAGAGAAAGGGCAUAUUGCUAGGUUGCUUCAAGGAAGACAGGGCGUUGUUCAAGGAGCUCAUAAGAUUUGUAAAGAUAUCGACAAAAAUUGUAUAACUGGUGCCUCUGACGGAAGAAAAGGCGGUGUUCCAGACGGCUUUUAA